GUCCAGCCUCUGUGACUAGUCAGUCUCCUGUUCCAUGUAAACUCUAUUCUUCUUCUUGGAUUGUCUUUCAACCUGAUAUCAUCAUCAGUGCAAGUGAAGGUUACCUCUGGAGUCUUCAAGUGAAACUUGAACCUGUAGUUAACCUCUUGCUAGAUAAAGGAAAACUGAUGGAUUUCCUUCUCCAAAGGAAAGAAUGCAAAAUGGUUAUCCUGUCUGUAUGCUCUCAAAUGCUCAGUGAGCCAGAAAGGGGAUCAUUGUCUGUGAUUGCAACCGUUUUUGACAAACUGAAUCAUGAAUAUAAGAAGUACUUGGAAGCUGAGCAAAGCUAUACUAUGGUGGUAGAAGCAGGCCUGAGUAGAAGUAAUCCACUUCUGAAACGUCCAGUUCGCACUCAAGCAGUUAUUGACCAGUCUGACAUGUACACACAUGUUUUGUCUGUAUUUACAGAGAAGAAGGAAGCACCUCAUAAGUUCACUAUAGCGGUCCUGAUGGAAUACAUUCGCUCUCUUAAUCAGUUCCAGAUUGCAGUUCAGCACUACUUGUACGAGCUGGUCAUCAAAACCCUUGUUCAACACAACUUGUUCUACAUGCUCCAUCAGUUUCUGCAGUACCAUGUGCUCAGUGACUCAAAGCCUUUGGCUUGUCUGUUACUGUCCCUGGAAAGCAUUUACCCUCCUGCACACCAGCUCUCUCUGGACAUGUUAAAAAGACUUUCCACAGCAAAUGAUGAAAUAGUGGAAGUUCUGUUGUCCAAACACCAAGUUUUGGCUGCCUUGAGAUUCAUCAGGGGCAUUGGAGGACACGACAGCAUUUCAGCCCGCAAAUUCCUUGAUGCAGCAAAACAAGCAGAAGAUGACAUGCUUUUCUACACUAUAUUCAGAUUCUUUGAACAAAGAAAUCAGCGGUUACGAGGAAACCCUAGUUUUACACCAGGUGAGCACUGUGAAGAACAUGUCACCUUCUUCAAACAAGUUUUUGGAGAACAAGCUCUCAUGAAGCCCACAACACUCUGAAAAAAUCUUCCACUGAAAUGUAUAAACUUAAUUUAUUGCAUUUAAGUAGAUUUUUGAACUACAAAAUUGCUAUUUUAUAAUAAAGUAUAUACAAGAUGUUUUGGCAAAUAGUA